UUGGGGGUGCGAAUGCCCCCCGUCUGGCUAUGCUACUCCCUCUUGUAAUAUUAUUUUAUUCUUGAAAUGCUGAAAAAUCAUUACAUGUUGCUCCGUGAUUUUGCAAUUUAUUUAGGAUAGUUUUAGAUAAUAAUGUCAGUGAUGGAUCUUUCAUUAUAUUAAUUCCAAAAUACUGCACUUUUGUAGGCUGUUUUAGUUGCAUGUGGUGACGCAAAGAUUGGCCAGGAAUGUAAGAUGUCGGAGGAGUGUGACCGAGGCGAGUGCUGCAUUCGGCGCUCUCUGUAUCGAGGAAAACGACAGGUGACCACGCCUACCUGUCAAAGGCUCGGACACACUGGCGAAAAAUGCUAUCCAGGUGAGAACUACCAUAAAUGGGUAGCGUUUCUUGGAGCGUGUCCAUGCUUGAGUGGACUUUGUAAAAAUUCCACUUUUAAGGAAGUACCAGACAACAGAUUCGUAGGACAAUGCAGUCCGUCACCUGCGAUGUACGUCAUGGAAAGUGCAGGGCCAAUCGGAAUCAACGAGCAGGAUGACCACAGGGACUCCAGACAGCCACUAGGACAGAUCAAUCGUUUCCAAAACAGCUUCUCACAGAAAGCCAAGCUAAUUCGAAAAAUCAUUCAGUUAUCUCGAGCAUCGUCAAAGUUCCCCAAGAAAUGGUCAGCAAUGUGAAAAAAAUUACAUUUUAUGUAGAUUUCUUGGAUUAUAAAAAUAAAAAACAAUAUUAUUUAAGAAAGAUAUUAGAUUUAUUUGAAUACGACUCAUAUACACAGUGAAACCUCUCUAAACCGGACACCCUUUGGUCCAAGACAAAUGUUCGGUAUGUGAGAUAUCUGGUUUAGAGAGGUUAAGUUCCGUCCUGGUUUUUAAAAAAGUGGCUCUGUAAAAUGUCCGGUUUUGUGGGAAUUCCGGUUUACAGACGGUCCGGUUUUGAAAGGUUUCACUGUGAAUAUAUAUAUCCUCGUACACUUUAAACAGGUAUAACAUUUACUGAAAUGAUCACAGUAAUUGAACUGACUUUAAGUAACACUUCAUUAAAAUGACUUUUAAAACUCAAAAUGAAGUGAAAUAAUUUCACAACUUAAUAUAUAUACAUUGUAGUUAUAAAGCCCAAAUAGUGAAAACUCUUAACAUAAUAAUAUUUGUAUGUAAUUUGUAUGGUUACUUGGUGAAAAUAAAACGAAUUUCUUUGUU